AUGUCUCGACACGCUACUCUCAUCAAACCUCCCAAAUCGCUGCCUCACCAUUCACCCGUCGAGAACGUGCUCUCCCUCCUCCCGCUCCUGGACAUCGGACCGGACAUCUACACCAAUGCGCGACCACUAUGGCACCCUCCCGGAGCACGAGGCAUCUACGGCGGGGCGGCGAUCGCGCAAUGUCUGUCGGCGGCGCAAGCCACGAUCCCGCCCGACUUCACCGUGCACAGCAUGCACUGCUAUUUCGUGCUGGCGGGCAACUCGGAGAUCCCGAUCCUAUACCAUGUGGAACGAGUCCGAGACGGCCGCAGCUUCAUCACUCGCACCGUCCAAGCCCGACAGCGAGGAAAAUGCAUAUUCACCACGACCCUGUCGUUCAUGAAAGAAGGCGGCGGCGGCACAGAAAGAGUCGAGCAUGCGGUGCCCAUGCCCACGGACGUGACGCCGCCGCCAGACGCCGAGACGAGCAGGGCCGCCUGGAGCGCCAACGACUCGGGCGAGUCGCAGCCCUUCGAAUCCGUUCGAUGCCCCGUGACACGGCGCGGGUCGCCGGCCGAGCGUAAACUGCGCCAGUGGAUCCGCGCGCGCGGCCGCAUCAGCGACUGUCCGCCCAACGUGCGCGAGGAGGAACUGGCCAAAGGCCAACGUGCCCACCAGCCGGGCAACAACCACCAAGCGCACCUAUCGGCGCUGGCGUACAUGUCUGACUCGUACUUCAUCGGCACCGUGGCCCGCGUGCACAGCCUGAUGCGCUUCGCCAAUCGCCAGAGCAUCGAGCGCACCUUGCGCGGCUUCAAGGGCUCCCAGGAGGAAAGGGACCAGAUGAGACGCUAUCUCGAGGAAAUCGCCCGCGAGGAGGCCGAGGAGAGUAGUCAGUUCGACUCUGUCACCGCCGCCGCGGGUCAGCCCGUGACACACAAGGACGGUCGCCAGAUCGGGAUGAUGGUCUCGCUCGACCAUACCAUCUACUUCCACAAUCCGCGGGCUUUUCGCGCCGAUGACUGGAUGUUGGCCGAGAUGGAGAGUCCGUGGGCCGGCGAUGGACGCGGCCUCGUCAUCCAGCGCAUUUGGAGCAAGACCGGCACGUUGAUCGCCACGUGUACUCAAGAGGGCGUGGUUCGGCUGGUUCAGAAGGAUGAGAGCAAACUAUGA